AUGAACUGUGGACUUGAAAAACAUCACAAUGUUAAUGGACUUGGAUUAUUUGUUUCAAGUCCAUUUUUUGGAAUUAUAAAACUUCAUAUUUCUCUCUCUUUUCUGGUACAGACAGAGCGCGGGGUUUUGGGUACAAAGAAUUCUCCCAGAAACCAAUGGAAAGUGAAUCAAUGGUCUGCUAAAGUUUCCGUGGAGAAUUCUGUAACAGCCAUGGCCGAGUCAAACGAGCAACAUGCGGCUCAAUCGUUCGAUGAACCCUCUCCAGCGAGGAAGGCUGGCCUGUUCUAUAAGCUAGUAGUGCCGUCUAUUCUUCAAGACAAGAAGCUGAAAAUACCGAAAAAAUUUGCGAAGAAGUUUGGAGAUGAUCUUUCUGAUUUUGUUACUCUAGUUGUUCCUAAUGGUUACCGAUGGGUUCUGGAAUUAAAAAGACAUGGCCGUAGUUUGUGGUUUGAGGAUGGCUGGCAUGAAUUUAUCAGACACCAUUGCAUUCAAGUUGGGCAACUCUUGGUGUUCAGAUUUGAAGGAAAUUCCGUUUUCAACUUUUACAUGUUCAACCUGACUUCUAUUUCUAAUGGUUCAUGCAUUACUUCAAAUGCUUCCUGUGAACAAAGCCCAAUUGCACUUGGAAAAGAAGCUGAAUGUGAGAAAUUAGUUGAACUAUUUGGUUACAGUUCUCCGGACCCUUCGCAUUCUUCGGCCAAGAAGGCUUUUUGUGAGUCUUCAGAGCAGCAGAAAUUCCAUGGAAGUUCCAAUGAAGCUAGCACUUCUUCGGCCAAGAAGGCUUUUUGCGAGUCUUCAGAGCAGCAGAAAUUCCAUGGAAGUUCCAAUGAAGCUAGCACUAAGAACUUUACGCAUUGGUUUGACACACAGAACCUGCAUCCUCCAAAGGAUUUUGAUUAUACACUCAAAGGUUUAGAUAAGUUGCAAGUUCUAAGGUCAAAUGGAGAUAUUGGUAUUCAGUUCAAUGGAGAUGGGCUCGCAAAAGCUAGAGAGAAUCUUUCCUUUCAAUUCUCUAAUGAAAUAGAAGAAGGAGCCAGGAAAAAGAAGUUAAAAGUUGAACCAAUUGACUACUACAAUGAGCCAUUAUUCGAAAAAAAAUGUGGAAACAUCCCACAUAAAAUUACUAGGAUGGCUUUCGGAGUUGAGGAGUUCGCGUUUGGCAAUCCUUUUUGCUGGAUUGUUAUGAGACAUUCCUAUGUACGCAGAGGAUUCCAUCUGCAUAUACCGUCCAAAUUUUCUGAGAAGUAUCUGAAAGGGAUCUCAGGCGACAUCACGCUUCAGGUUUCUAGUGGAAAGCAAUGGCGUGUUCGAUGUGUUCGUGAAGGUCCUGGCACCAAACUAACCAGGGGAUGGGCUAACUUUGUCAUGGAGAACGAUUUGAAAGAAGAAGAUGUUUGUGUUUUUGAACUGCUUGAUAUAAAAGACAUUGUGCUGAAAGUUACAAUAUUCCGUGCCCAUGACUUUCCAACAAAAACUUGAAUCCAAGGAAAACGUGGAAGCCCAGCCGGAACAAAUCCAGUGCAUUACAAUGCCAAUAUGUUUAAGUUUUUCUCAAAGACUGAUGACAACGAGGUGCCUUGAAUACACAACGCCCUGUUGUUGAAGAUUAUCCUUGUUUAGUCCAUGCAGCUUUUUUUUUUUCAAAGCAGGAAGUUGAAGAGUGGUUGAACUUUGAAACUCCAGUGCUUUUAGCCUCCCAUCUGUACAUUCUUCUCUACAUGGAAAAGUUAAAAAGUUGGUUUUCUUA